AUGGCGCCGGUCAAAAAUUUAGACGAAGUUUUGAACGAGCUGGGAUGGGAUUCUGGUUUUCAACUGCCCAUUUCCAAUGCGGAAAACAGGGCUUUGGAAGAGGAAGUGGCCAGGUUGACUCUACAGAAGAUGAACAUUGUUAACAAUCACAACUCGGUGGAGGGACGAUUAGAAGCAUUUAAACAUCACUACAAGUUUGUCAAUCAGGAAAUCGAUCAGACACAGAAAAUAAUAACGGCUCAUAAGCAACAAUUGGACUGCGAGAACCAACGGUACAUCCAGCUGAGCCAGGAGAAGAAAAACUUCGAAAGCAACCUCAAAAGCACUCAAAAAAAGUUCGAGGAAACCGAGAAAACAUGCGCGAGCCGAACCACUCAGCUGGAAAAACACGUCGCGAAAAUGGAUAGGUUGAAAGCCGAAACUGAUUGGGAUGAAGCAGCGCUGAACGCUUGGGAAGAAUCCCUGAAGAAACGAGACGACGAUAACGAGCUGAUCAAAAAGUUCUCGCAAGAGGACGAGCGAAAAUACAACGAGUUGGAAUGUAGACGGCAGGCUCUGCAGAACGAUUGUCUAACCAGAGCCAACACAAUCGCCAAGCUCAUAGCCGACAUACAAAACUACGAGCUCGUGAUGGAGAGAACGGGGAAGAUGAUCAAGCAACAGGUGGUGGAAAGGAACGCUCUGAUCAACCAAUGGAAGGACACGGUCAAAAUCCUGCAGCAAAGGGACGCCGAAAUAGGGAAAAGUCAGGAAAAGAUGAUCCUGUACCAAGAAAUGAUCGAGAGGAAAAAUGCGGCUCUGAUAGACGAAAAUAGUUUCUUGGAGCACGAGAAGGACAACAAUCGCGCCAUUAUUUUGGAGUGUCAGGAUCUACGUGCUGGAUUUGCCAAGUUGAGGAGGGAUUAUGCUUAUGCGGUCAAGGAAAUCGCCAAGAUGGGACCGGAAGUGAAUGCCUUGAAGACCAAAGUUUCCGUUUCCGCGAAAAUAUUGGAGAAGGAAAGAAUGAAAAGCAAACAAAUGGAUAAAGAUAUAUACGAUAAAGAAGGGAGGUUGAUAAAAGUGGAAAAGGAUUUGGAAAGACUUUAUCAGAAAGAGGAUGAGAUCAACAAAAAUGGCAGCAAUUCAGGUGAACGAGUAAAUGAACUCGCGAAAAUCCUAAAUCACGAAAAAAUGCAGGAGGAUGUAAUCAUAAUGGAGAUCGAAAUACUACAAAACCGCCUGUUUAAAAAUCAAACAGUACUAAAAGACGAAGAAGACGCCUUGUACCUUAUGAAGAGCGAUACAAAAACCGAAGAAAAUAUCAUAAUCAAAUACCAAAAGCGACAUGCCACCUUGAAGAAGCAACUGGAUAAAGUCAUCGAAACUGCAUACGACUUUGAUUUUCGCAUAGGUCUUCUAGAAAAACAACUGUACGAAAGGGAUAACAUCCACUAUCAAGACGAUUACGAAGAAAAGGAGCAAAGAAUAUUAUCUCUGGAAGCAGAGCUGAACGAGCACGUUGAAACCAGUAACUUUCUUCAAGAACAAAUCACGAGAAUCCACGAGGAGAUGCGAAGAUUAUCCACUGCUAUGGACCUUGAUAAAAACGAUUUGGAACAACUGAAAGAAAAGUUGGAGUAUCAGAUGAUAUUUUUCGAUAUCGGAAAAAAGCAAGUGGUAACAAUUAAGCAAAGUGUUCAGGAGAAACAAGUGGAGGAGAAUUUGAUUAGACUGCAAGUCACCAACAUAGAUAAGCACGUGAAGAAAGAGGAUAAAAAUAUCGUAAAUCUGCAAAAACUGCGGCUUUUCUUAGAUCAGGCGAUGAGGGAACGCCAGCUGGAAAUAUCAGCCACCAAAACAAUUCUACAAGCAAAAAGGCGCAACCUAGAUGAAGACAGAGGCCGCCUAAAAAGCGAAAUCAGUCAAAGAUACUACAAACUGGACAUUCUUCAGAAAAAAUACCACGUGGUCCUGAUGAGUUUGGGUAAAGACGAGGAUGGAAAAUUGCUCUCUGUAUCGCAUUUCAAGGUUAAGGCAGCCCAGGAAAAAUUCUUCCUGAAAAACGAGGGAGACAACUUAGAUGAAAAAGUUAAAACAGCGGAAAAGGAGAUUGUUGCCAUGGAGAAUACUUUAAAGCUGGUGAAUGUUACCAAUACCAAUUUUAAAACGAGUUUGACUCAAAUUAAGGAAGAUGAGCCCGAGGUAUUGGAGUUGAAGGCGUUGGAAAAGGAUUUGUUAAAUAUUAACUUUGAAAUGAAAAAAUGUUCAAGAGUAUUUUACAAUAAAGAACAAAUAUUAAACGAAUCAAAAGCAACCUAUGAAGAAGUAAAGGAAAAGAAAUCCAAAGCAAAGGUAUAUUUAAUUGAACACGAAAAGGAGUUUAGAAGCAUAAGAAGUCAAGCUAACGAUAAAGAAGAAAAGCUACAGAGAGCCGAGUGCCAUUUGAAAAAGCUUCAGAAACAACUUAUCGGUUCCGACUUGGAAAAAUACCACAGAGACUUUGAAAUACGAAGAAUAAAAGACGCUAACCAAACUGUGUUGCAUCAGCUAUCAAAGAUGAGCGUGUCUGAUCAAGUUUUGACCCCGAAAAUCAAUUAUUAUAUUAUACAGUACGGUCUUAGUUUACCGAAACCGGAUAAAUCACCGAGUGUCAGCUCUGCCACGUCUUUGUCCCUCAACGAUUCUUGCUCUUCACUAAGUUUGGAUAUAAGCGAAGCCUCCACGCUAGGAUCAAAAAAAUCAGCUAUAACGAAUAAAGUGAAUCUUGGACUUAAUAUAUAA